GCUAGGCAGGUUAGGUUCGUGAUAGAUGAUGAAAUCUGGGGAGGAAGUUAGUCAGGGUCAGCAAAUGGACGGUUUUGUGAAGGAGAAAGCUGCUGGGGAAUCGGGCGAUGGACGGAAGAUCAAGACGAGCCCUUCUAUCAAUCUGAAUUCCUUGCCUACAAUGGCCCCUGCUCGUGUGGAUAUUGUUGUCUUGCACGGUGCAAUGGAGUCAGGCGCCAACGAUGCUGAGUCCAGUAGCACUGAUAAGAAGAAGCUCCCGAAGAAUGAGGAAGUUGAUGAAGGCAAAAUUCAGGCACAUGCAGACAUGAAGAGCGACUCGGUUGACCCUUUGAACAACGAGAACCAUGCUGGGGAGAAGGAUGCUUUGGUAAGUGUGCUAGAAAAUGAGGGGUGUGCGGAUAGUGGCGAUAAUUAUAAGGGAGUUCAAGUUCUCAGCGUUGUCAAAAAGGAUGAGCCUGAGGAAAUUGUUGAUUAUAUUAAUCGUAUAACGGUUGCGGAAUAUAGAGAGGAGAAGGGUGCCGCCGGUUCUACUUCUGCAAUUACUGCGGUGCGAGCACCUAGCUCCCGGUCGUCUUGUUACCAUGGCAUGAUCAGGCAUAGGUGGAAUGGGAAGUAUGAAGCUCAUUUGUGGCAUAGUACUUGCAGAGUAGAAGGACGGAGAAGGAAAGGAAAGCAAGUUACUCACAACGGAUUUCUGUUUGAUUUUUUGGAGUUUUUGCAGCUGAUACUUCAACCUUUAUAUGCAAGUGCCAAAAGAUCUCAGCUAGAUAUGAUGCAUCAAGUGAAGAAGUUAGGAUUCAUUCCAGUUUGCUGCAACCUUCAAUGCAAGUAA